AUGGAUCUGGACGACGACGCCCCUCCCGAUCUUGUGGAGGCUGGCACUGAGUUAGCCGAUGAAGAGAAACCUGUGAAAGUUCCCAUAACAAUAGUGACGGGCUAUCUGGGAGCGGGAAAGACUACGUUACUUAAUUACAUUCUAACGGCCGAACAUGGCAAAAAGAUUGCUGUCAUAAUGAAUGAAUUUGGCGAUUCUUUGGACAUAGAGAAGUCUCUCACGGUGAACAAGGAUGGCAAAUCCGUAGAGGAAUGGAUGGAAGUCGGAAAUGGAGAUACCGGCGUUGCGGCUAUCGAGUCACUCAUGGAGAAGAAGGGCAAGUUUGACUACAUCCUGUUGGAAACGACAGGCUUGGCAGACCCGGGCAACCUAGCUCCUCUCUUCUGGGUGGAUGAGGGUCUGGCCAGCACAAUUUAUCUAGAUGGCGUCGUCACGCUCGUCGACGCCAAGAACAUCCUCCGAAGUCUGGAUGAUCCGGCCGGAAAAGUUGAGGGCCACGAUGACGACCAUGGUCCUAUCAUGACAACAGCGCACGUGCAGAUAUCGCAUGCCGAUGUGAUAGUCAUCAACAAGUCAGACCUCGUCAACGAGGAGGAAUUGCGACACGUGCGAGACAGGAUCGAGUCUAUUAACGGUCUCGCAAAGAUACACGUUACCAAAGAGAGUGUCGUGCCACAACUCGAAGGGUUUCUCUUGGACCUACAUGCAUACGACAAUGUUGAGGACCUGGCAGGGAAUUCCAAGGGCCACAGUCAUCUUGACCCGACGAUUUCAACAAUAUCAAUACCUGUCGAUGCUCUGGAGGCAGAUCAAGUCGAUAGGAUAGAUGAGUGGUUGCGGUCUGUGUUGUGGGAGAAUGAGUUGCCACAUGACUCGGCGAGUCAUGACGUACCGUUCGAGAUACAUCGUUUGAAGGGCCGGCUAACACUCCAAAACGGCAACAUCAAGAUGAUACAGGGUGUCAGGGAACUAUUCGAGAUUUUCGACUCUCCGCAUGGCGAAACGGCACAGGGUGGCGCAUCUGGGAAGAUCAUACUGAUUGGCCGGGGCCUCAAGAGCUUCGACUUCAGGAGCAGUCUCUUAAAAUCUCUUGGGCACGCGUAG